AUGCUUCCUUCGGACAGAGCGACGCAAGAUGAUACCACUUCGAGCUCGACAUGGUCCCGAGAUCCAGCGCUCGCCAGUCCGCUCAAUGCUCUGCCGCCUCGAUACGACACACACCAGUUCCCUCCUACACCUCCGGCGCUGUACAGCGCUCGACUCAACGGUGGGUCUUACUUUGACCAAGGUCACCUUGCAUCUCCAGACCAAUCUCUCCAGCUGGAAUCGGCUUUCACACCGUCAGAACCGCCGCCGAACUUCGUUGCUUCACGCUUCCCACGCUGGGGUCCGUGGCUAGAGAAGCGUGCGCUCGAGCGGCAUUAUGCUCGACUCGAGAUUCAGCAGCAAGCUGAUUCCGAUCAAGCACAGACGCCCAACAGAAAGAAAAGCUGGGGCGCUUGGGUCAACGAUCCUGAUGCCAUUAGCGAUGACCUGUCGGCUUCGACGUCACGAGACAAGCGUGCAGCCGACCACACAACACCGCCGCCUUCACUGCACCUCCACCACUUUGGUUCUCGCUUCCUUCCGCAUCUUCCUACGCAGCCCCUGUGCAGUGUUCUCAUCGAACUGCCUGCGCAGAGAAGCCGCGCCGCUCAAGACAAUGAGCCGAACAGACAGAUCUUGCUCGUGGGCACGGCUACAGGGCUGUUCGCCAUACAAACUCGAGCUUCGUCAGCGUCGUCUCUAAGCGGGCACCCAGGCUCCUCGACAGCCAGCUCUUCCAACGCCAAUGACCCACAGUGGAACCACAACAUUCGAUGCCUGCCCAUCUGGACAGGGCUAGCCGUGUAUCAACUGUGUAUUCUGGCUUCAUCAGGUCACCAACACGCUAGCUCCAGCCGCGCCGCACGGUCCAGCGAUGCGUCCAACACUGGCGUUCUGCUCGCCCUGACGUGUCCCUCCUCCGCCAAGGAUGGCUUCUUGACCUCGUCUCUCAUGCAACUCAGUGCACACGCCGGCUCCGUCCUUGACAGCGUAUCGACCACCGGCUCCUCGAGCUCUGCUCACAACAGUCACGCCUUUCUUGAGGGCAAGGAAGGUGUUGCUGCGGCCAACUUUGGGUCCACGGCCGGAGGCGGGCCAGGUCGUGCCGUCCCCCCCGGUGGCGCCGGCCUCGUCAGGAUGUGGCACUUGCAGGCCAUAAGAGAGCUUCUCGUUUACGCCCUCGACGAACAAGACGCACAACUCCCCAUCAACCUCGCCGAACCCUCUAGCAGCAAUGCAGACAAGAGGGCAGGCCUUAGCACCAUGCUCAAGAAGACGUUUGCGAGGCAGAAAGGUAGAUCGGGGGACGUGACAUCGGAGCGACGGCCCUCGGACUCAUCUUUGUCGGCCACCGUGCAUCCCUUACCGAGACCUGGCAGUGCUGCAUCGUCCCAGAUCGGAGAGCCCAACUCUCUUCAGGACGAUAGCUCUCCACAAUCAUCGCCUCCCUCAGCCAAACGCCAGAGAGAGGCUGCGCAUGCCGUUGCUAAAUCACUUGCACAGAGCUCUGUGCCCAUUCGACCACCUUCCCAUGCCACCUCUGCAUCGCCUGGCCAAAAUGCCUCGUUCAGCUCGCUCUUCGCCGAUGAUCUCAUUCAAUCUUUCUCAGCGACAAGGCAGACUGGCGGCAAAGGCAAAGAUCGUGACGCUGACGCGCUAGCCGCCUCCAAGGGCGUUCUAUUCUUCUCGGUCCAUGAGGCGGACAAGCAUACAAAGGGAACGGGCACAUGGUACCUGGCAAUCACCUAUGCGCGCAGCGUCAUGGUGUAUGAGGCUUCCAUUCCAGAUGGCGGUUCUGCAAGAGCUUGGUCUUUCGUCAAAGAGCUCUACGCUCCCUUUCCUAUCAAAGCCGUUGCCUUCACCCCCGCGUCAGUUUCAGACAUUACAGACACCUCUACGAGUCCAGGACCAGUGUCCACCAACGCCAGCACAACGAUCCUGAGAGUUGCGUCUGCGCAAGGUCCACUCUUGACUUCCAAGAAGGCCCCGCAUCGCGAACAGGGCCGUCAGAGCGGUCACUCGAGUCCUGUCAAGCCAUCCCGCGGAAGCGCGGCACCGGCGUCCUGGCACAAGGCGGACCUAUGCCUCAUGCUCAGCUUUGGCCGUCGUGCGGUGCUGGUUCGUCUGAGAGACUCUCACGUACGUGAAAUGGAGCUCAAGCCUCUAGCGCAGAUCAUUGCUGCCGCUUCAGACGGAAGUGAAAGCACGAUGGAGGCUCAUUUGUCGCUACAGAAACGUGCGGGUCAGGAGGGUCGGCCAUUGAGCAUGGUUGCGGAUGCAGCCAAUGUUCGGCCUACAGAUCGACAGCUGUCGACUGCCUCUGGACACUCCCGCACCAGCUCUGUCGAGCAAAAACUUCGAGAUGUUAUCGUUGACAAGAGAUCGACCAAGCACAACUGGACAGGCUUCUCCAGCGUGGAAGCGCGCAUAUUCGUUCGGCAAUGGUCUGAGGCAGCAGUGCAACGCUACGGGACGUCAAGCUAUGCUUACCCAGCCGGUCAGGGUACACCGGGCCCCUCGCUGACCGGUCUUUCGAUGCCAAGAGGAUUGGACACCACUUCGACCACAUCGCUUGCAAGGACAGAUAAAGAACUUCCUCGAAUUCCUGCGCCUCAAAACGCCUCCUUUGAUCGACGCGACUCACAGCUGCACUUGUCCGAGCAACAUUCUCAGUAUCACAGUCAGCUGCAAGCAGACAGCGACAGCGAUGACGGUGACGAUGGGCUCGAACGUGUUGACAAGCUAGGUCAUGCAGCAAAGUAUCAUCUCACGGAUCCCGGUCCGUGGCCUCUGCCUCGGACGAGCGACAGGCCGGCCGCCAUGCGCACCGCUUCUGCGACGCCGACUCGCUCCUUGUCCCUUCCGCCGAUGGAUGCCCUCACGGCGAAACUGGCGCUUGCCUCAAGAGGCGGCUUGACGCACGUUCUACGGCUGCCCAUAGUAGCGAACGUGGCUGACACAAAUCCUCUGGCCGUGAUGCAGUGGUCCGACACGCCCAAUGCUGUCUCCGGAUGGGCUCGCGUGCUAGGAGUUGAACGCGCGUCCACCAAAGGCGCCACCACGCUGGGUCAACUGAAGCAGACUGGGACUGCAUUCCUCGCACCUGAAGCACAAGGACCGCCCGGGGACAGUCGCGCAGGUAAGGCCAAUUCCGCAGCGGCCGCGGCCGAGACUCGUCGCAAGAACAACAGCCUCGUGCUGCACAUCGGCGUCACCUGUGUGGCCUUCCUGGCCAGCCGCAUUGAGUCGAGGAAGGUCUCUUUCAAGAUGCCUCUGGAAGCAGACUUCGAUCUUUUGCCCGAAAGCGAGCUCGAAUUGAUCCCGCUUUCGCCGGACACGGGGUACCUGCGCGCAAACGGAAGCCUUGUACAGGCGACAGAGAUUGAGGCGCCUGAAGCAGCGAAUGACGAGUCCCCAGGCGGUGAGGCAACGGGCUCAGCAAUGUUCACAUAUCCAGCUGUCCACACAGUCGGACCUGCAUCUGCUGGUCACUCGAGCGAGACGAGCGCCAUCAGUCAGGAACUGGAGUACCUGUGUGCGCCUUUGCUCACCCUCAAUCCGAUCGACCUCGACCUGCACAGCUGCGGAGCACAGUCUCUCGUCCUUCCCCUCUCGCACGCACCAGGACAGGAGUCCGCAGCAAACGCCAUGCUCCCCGACCUCGCUGGAGACGCUGGCAUCAUCGCAUUCGACUGGCGAGGCGCUGACGACUUCCGCAUCUUCACCGUCGGCAUCGCCGGCUGA